GCGCACGCAAACCGAGUAUCCAGAUGAUUCCCAUUACAUGUACUUAUUACAUCCCACAACACCAAUGCAGAUCCAGCAUUUCGUUUGUGCAAAUUGUACGUUUUUGAGCGUCUGUGUGUUGUCACUCUAAAGCAUUGAGGCGUUGAUGUAUAUGGAUCAUGACUGCUUCGGCUGGACCAUUCAUGUUAUAUUCUUCGAUCAAUGAAUUAUUUGAAAUUUCUAUUAAUCAAUAAGGACAGACCAGAAUCUUUCCUUCGCCAGUACUGGAGGUGCUUAAUAACGUUCCCCGACGUGUCUGCGCGAGCAUAUAGGCAUCCGUAAUCCAUAUAUUUUGCUAACAAAUAUUGCGCUUUUUAUCGAUCAUUGACAAUCGGGCAGAAAUAGAAAUACAUAUCUGGCAGGUUCUUGUUUACUUAAUGGGAAGUUAUCCCAACAAGUGCUUUAUCCGUUACUGUGAAAACGCCGGUAAUUCUUCAUGAAUAAUGCGCUAUUGAACGUCAAGACUUUUCGUCAAUAUCGUUUCCGUUGUGCCCGCGUCGACCGAUUCCUGAUGCGGCCAAUUGAUGGAUUAUGUUAAUGCUGUACGGAUAGUAUGGAUGGUCAGGCCAGAAAAGCCUCCUUGACAGUUAAUCAAACUGGCGACGAAACACCAGCGUUGGCAACCGCUGUGGCCCGUAGCGGUAGUAUUAGCUCCAGUAAAACCUCCCUGCCCAACAGCACCAUAUCUCGGCCUUUGUCAGCGGGUCGUGCGCGCAGCUUAAAACGCCGCUUCACUACACCAGCGGAAGCGGUUACAGGCACGUCUUCACCUGGCCCGGCAUCGCGCUCCGAUCAUGAGGCUGGUGCGGAAACCAUCACGACUGACAUUACAAUUACUGCUGCGGAAAGCCUAGAUGAUAUCCAAACCCUGAUUAUCCACCUUUCGGAUCAUCUGAAGGUGCUAAGAUUACGAGCGUGCACUCAGCUUUCCGGAUCGCAGCUCCAUGAUAUUGUUGGAUGCGUUACGCCUAAAUUGCUGUCUUUUGAAAUUAAGGAAGUGGAAGGUCACAACCAGUUUGAUUUGAACCAUUUAGAGCAUUUAGUAACGCGGUGUAAACACCUUCGAGCUCUGCAAUUCGAGGAUUGCUUUGGUAUUGACCACAGAUGCCUCAAGCACAUCGGUACCAACCUUCAAGAGCUGCAGAACAUUGCAUUUGUGCAUACGAAAAGGAAGCCAUGGCCCGACAAUCCCAUCCAUGAACUGGUUACUCAUAUUCCUUUGGAGUUGCACAGCGUGAAAUUUAUCGGAUUUGAUGACAUUUUUGACUUCCAUGUCAACUACGCUGUUGACUGCUAUUUCGGCUCGUUAAAUGCCAUUUCCUUGGGCGACUGUCCACAGAUCACCGAUCGCUGUGUGGAGUAUAUUGCUACCAAUUGUAAACUAUUACGCCACAUUGAACUGUUUAAAACCAACAUUACCGACUCCACACUGUGGAUACUGGCCAAGUACUGUAGUAAUUUGCACUAUGUUGAUUUGUCGCACUGUGCCAAGAUUACGGAUUAUGGUGUGAAGGAGCUGGCCACUCAUGCCAUCCAUCUACGCUAUGUCAAUCUUAGCUGGAAUCCCAAAAUCAAAGAUCUCGCCCUGCAGGCAAUUAUUCGCUACUGUACAACCAUUGUUAGGAUAAAGCUGGAUGGGACGUCAAUUACGCGCAUACCGGCCUCAAUUAUUAAGCGUAGAUCAACGCUAAAAGAGAUCUCCCUGACUAUGUGCCGGGAAUUAAACGCAAUGGGGAUUCCGGACGAAAUCAGUGCUGGAGUAUCGGCUACAUCCUCAUCAGUUGUAGCUAUUCUCAAUCACUUUGAAUCCAGAAAUCUUAAUUAUCGGCUAAAAGCUUUCAUUCUGGGAACGACGGGAAGCGGAAAAACUGCCGUGCUAACUGCCUUGAUGGGCAAACAAGCACAUCACGCUCCGACAUUCAUUUCAGAAGGUGUAAAUAUUCACGUUUGGCAGCCUUUCAAAGAGAAUGCAUGGGAUAGUGCUGUAACAAAAGACAUCAGCGAGGACGAGAAGGACCUCACCGUAGAAGUGUGGGAUUGUGAUGGCCGGGAUGUGCUGCGUGGUGUGCACCCGGUGUUCUUCAGCGAUGCGUCUGUGUAUAUUUGUGUGUGUAACUUCGAGGAUUCGAGCAGUGUGGAAAAAAUACCUUUAUUAAUACACACCAUAUAUGGCAAAGCACGGCGGCCACACAUUUAUGUGGUGGCCACCCGUGCGGAUAAAUAUGCUCAUGAAGAGUGCUUAUCGCGAAUGGACAUAAUCAAAAGGUCAAUUGACAGUGCCGACCUUGUUCGCAAAAACAGCAUCAAUGUCGAACUCGCUUUAUUGCAAGACCUUCCAGAUGGUGCUAUGUUUGAAGGGAAAAUCCACGAAUUACAGCGCCAGGUGGAUGAAAAAUACACGAUAAAAAUGUUCGUUACGGCAAGUUGCCAGUCAGGACAAGGGAUCGAUCCCCUUCGUAAACAUUUGCUCAAUGCUUGUUUGGACGCAAAUACUUUCCCACAUUUAUCACGCCCAAUCCCUCUUGGCUGGGUGGAAUUGUAUGAUGAAGUAUCGACACUGCGCGAUAAGAACGUGGUGUGUGUGUCCUGGAGGAACUUCGAAGCAAUGGCGUCGAAAGAUGAGCGUGUCAGCAAAUCUCGGUUCACUGAGUGCAUUGGAUUCUUACAGCAAAUUGGAGUGAUACUGGAUGCCCGGGCACUGCAAACCAUUCAGUCUGUGGAUCUCAUCUGUAUUAAUCCGUCAGUAUUAGCGCGCUGCGCAUGUGCGCUGCAUAUUGAUGAUCAGAAGAAAUCCUUCCGCUUCGAAGGGAAACGCUUUUGGCCCCGGAGUCUCAACGCACAUCCGCCGGAAGCGCAGAUUUUAGCCUCGGCACUGGAAGAUAUCCCGAAUAAAGGACUGAUCAAGGAAUCGCUGUUCCCGCUAAUUUGGCAGGAUUAUGCGUUGGAGGAGGAUCAAGUUGUACAGAUACGCAGUCUUCUGUUCCAUCUUUGCUUGUUGUCAACAAGCCGGCCCGUGCGUACCGCAUCGGAAACACUGGCGCUGCCAGCAUUUCCCAGCCUCUCGCCCCAACAGCAAUACGCGAUCCCCCUUCUCGGAUUACUUCCGGAUGCGAAACCACAAUUGAAUUGGACAAGCCGGCCCUUCCGCGGGGACGUCCAGCUGUCCCUGUACAUGUAUUUCCUGCCCGUGAUGCCCCCGGGGAAUGCCUCCCGGUUGAUUGCCUUGAUUAACAACAUGCUCAUUGAAAAAUGCUCAUAUCACUAUUACUGGAAACGAGGCGUACUAACCAAAUCAUCCGACAUGCUGCUCUUCAUCUCUUGUGAGCAUGAUGAUUUUCUGGAGAUAUCCGCCAGAGUAACGGCCGAAGAGGAGGAUGACACGUCAUUCCUGGAAUCGCUGUGGUUGGAAGUGUUUUAUAUAAUGGAUCUCGUCAACGAAUUCAUGGCUGUCAGCUGGCAGGGCAUCCGCACCACUGCUUCGCUGGUCGCCCACGGUGAUAUCUUUUAUAUUGACGAAAAAAUCGAUACCGAACCGGAGUUGACGCUUGCCAAGGUGUAUCAUGCUGCGAAAGUAAAGGACGACAUUCCAUUCAAAGACGCUGGCGAUGACAAAUAUCUGGAAAUUGCUAAAUUAGUUCCAUCCAGUAUUUUACCUGCACCCAAUCAGGACUAUUCCCACUGGAUCCAGCAGAUAUUAAUGCGACGAGAAAAGCUAGCCGCGGAAAAUUUACGCUUGUCCCCGCCGACUGAACAGAAUGGGAUCAGCAGUAAAGAAAGUAGCCCGUCUCAGUCGCGUACAAAAAAGAAGAAGAUUAGUAUUAACUGGUCCGUUCCGGAAGACGGCAAGAACGGCGAUGUGAUCAAUCACGCCGGUCCGGACUUCUCGUAUCCGCCCCGCCCACCGGGACCGCUUCGGCCAUCUUCGCCCGAAAUGUCCAAGCCACCACCGGAAACGUUAAUAAGAACACCUGAAGAAUUGCCGGCUACCACCACGAUGGUUAGGGAGAGUUCAGAACAGAAGGUCAAUUCAGCGAAGAACUCUUUGGAAGUUAUUUCCAUUCAGCCGGUGGAAAGUCCACGGAUGGACAUUAAAACAACUGCACCAGCCACUGCCGCACCGCCAUCGCAAUCUCCGCCUCAGCCCACGAAAUCGCCAUCUCCACCGCCUAUUGCUCAUGUUAAUCAGACGGUGGAAGAACCGCGUUCCCGGAGAAAUACAGAAAGCCGGUCCAAUGGGACGUCUGCGAAAGCACGCAGCCGUGCUUGUGCCAUAUUGUAGGAAAUGGUUAACACUAUACAGACUGCAGCCGUUGUCAUGUAUGUGCCCUGCACAGUUAAUAAUUUAUUUUACUUUUUGGAUUUAGACAACUCUUCUGCACAUAAAAUUUAUGACAGAAAUUUACGGGAAUCGUAAUUUAUUUACAUGCCAAAUACGUCGCGCAAUACGCAGUUUUUGUCACCCUGUUGGU